CUGAAAUCUAGGGACAAUCUGCAAGCACUCAACACCGGCACAGAACUCUGUUAGCAGGGAAGACUGAGGUAGUUGGAGAGAGAGAGAGGUUUGGAGAGGUAUUGUGCAGAUGAAGAGAGAAAAGUUUGGAUGAGAAGAAAAAAAACAAGAAACAAAUAGUAAAAAAGUUGAAGAGGAGAAAGAGAAAAAAGAAGAAGAAAAAGCGAGGAUUUGAAAAGUAAGCUGUGUGGCGAGUGAACUAACAAUGGGCUCCCCAGUGCGCUGUGCUGCUGCUGUAGUUGUCUCACUACUGGGUCUCCUCUACUAUAGUCCCCCUGUAUGGGGCCAGGAGCUAAAGGAGAGGGACGCUCUGUGCAAUGAGGACGGCUGCUUCGUGGUCUACUUCCAGCGCAAGACCUUCCUGGACUCCUGGAGAAGCUGCAAGGAGAAGGGAGGCAACCUGGCCACAGUCAAACUCCAAGAGGGGGCUGACACUAUCGCUGCUCUCUUCUCCAGCGUGGAGCUACGGGGCCUCAGAACCAAGGUCCGGGUGUGGAUUGGUCUCCAGAGACAGCCUCGCCAGUGUACCGCCUCUCGCCCUCUCCGUGGGUUCUCCUGGAUUACGGGUGACCAGGAUACCCAGUACACCAACUGGCUGAGGGACGACUCACCCAGUACCUGUUCGGCCCCGCGCUGUGUGGUUAUGACCUAUGGCACAGCCGCCCACGAGCAGCAUGAUAAUUUUAAAUGGCUGGACGGCUCGUGUUCGGUGCCCGUGGAUGGCUACUUGUGCCACUACACCUACAAGGGCAUGUGCCCGGCUAUUUGGAGCGAGGGGGGCGGCAAUGCCCUCUAUAGUACCCCCUUCAGUCUCCUCAGUAGCCUUCUUACCCACGUGCCCUUUGGAUCUGUAGCCACGGUGCCCUGCCCGGGGGGCACCAAGGAGGAGCAGUCAGUGCUGUGUGUGCUGAGGGAGGAUGGCACUGUGGGGUGGUCCAGGGAGACGCCCCUCUGCUCCGACACCACAGAGAAGAGCUGGUGUGAUCGGGACAAUGGGGGCUGCGAGCAUUUCUGCCAGGAGGCCAGGGAACACUACUACUGUGAGUGCUCGGACGGCUUUCAGCUCGGUGACGACGGGCAGACAUGUGUUGCUGUCGACCCGUGCCACAGUGCCCCCUGUGAGUUCGAAUGCCUUCCGCUGUCGGACGGCUACCGCUGUGCCUGCCCCGAAGGAUACAUGCUGGACCCGGAUGAGCGUGGUUGCCUGGAUGUAGAUGAGUGCCUGCAGAGUCCCUGCGAGCAGCUGUGCGUCAACGCCCCGGGAACCUUUGAGUGCCGCUGCCGCCAGGGCUACCGGACGGACCAGGAGGGCGACUGUGAGGACGUGGACGAGUGCAUGGAUGACCCCUGUGAACACGCCUGCGAGAACACGCCUGGCUCCCACAUCUGCCACUGCCACCUGGGCUUCUCCCCCCUGCCCGAGGACCCCUCCCACUGCCAGGACACCGACGAGUGUCAGAUCCCUGGGACAUGUCAGCAGAUGUGUGUGAACUACGAGGGGGGCUUCGAGUGUUACUGCGAGGUGGGUUACGAGCUACUCUCUGACCAAUUCUCCUGCAGGAAGAUAGGAGAGGACUCACCCACCGCAGUCACGCCCUCGUACCCCUGGGUCACCGGCCAACCUGGUUCCAAGUGGGACCCCCAGCAGACCUACACCGACUGGCCCCUGGAGGAGGAAGAGUCCCUGGACUGGCUCACAGACCCUCCCAGGCUGGAAAGUGACAUCAUCUGGGUCACCAGCGCACCCCAGGAGGAGCCAGUCCUAAACCACAACCCAUUCCUGCCCUUCCCCACGGAAGAGCCUGAGGAGGAGGAAGAGGAGGAGGAGGAGGAAGAAGAGGAGGAGUAUACACCUGGCUGGGACAUCAUGAAUUGGAAUGUCCCAGCCAAGGUCCAGCCAGAGUUGGAACCCACGCCCAGUCUCUCUCCCAGCCCCACAUCCGACACAAUCCCCACCCCAACACCCACAUCUGACAGGUAUUGGUUUGAGGAGGAUGAGGAGACCACUACCAGUCCCUCAGUCCUCCCCACCCCCACUAUCUCGGGAGGGGCCUGGAACUGGUUCUGGAUCAUUUCCACCCCCACCAGCCAGGACCAAGGACUUACGACGUGGCAGGAGCCAAUCACUGACCAGUAUGUCCCCGCAUCCAACUAUGGUGAAGCUGAUGAGAAUGAGGAAGUGGGGGUAACUGACGAUGGGUGGGUGACAUCCCCCCCAGAGAUGGACCAGGACCCAGGCCAGCACACCCCCUCCCUGCCUUUUCCCCUGGCUCCUCAAACCCCCCUCACACCCAACCAGGGAGUGGUGGAGGUGGAGAGGGAGGAUGAGAGGGAGCCGCCCCAGGAGGAUGUGUUGGAGGUGGAGGGGGAGGAUGAGAGGGGGCCGCCCCAGGAGGACAUGGUGGAGGUAGAGGAUGAGAGGGAGCUGCCCCAGGAGGACGUGGUGGAGGGGGAGGAUGAGAGGGGGCCGCCCCAGGAGGACGUGGUGGAGGGGGAGGAUGAGAGGGAGCUGCCCCAGGAGGACGUGGUGGAGGGGGAGGAUGAGAGGGAGCUGCCCCAGGAGGACUUGGUGGAGGGGGAGGAUGAUAGGGGGCCGCUCCAGGAGGAUGUGGUGGAGGUGGAGGGGGAGGAUGAGAGGGGGCCGCCCCAUGAGGACUUGGUGGAGGUGGAGGGGGAGGAUGAGAGGGGGCCGCUCCAGGAGGAUGUGGUGGAGGUGGAGGGGGAGGAUGAGAGGGGGCCGCCCCAUGAGGACUUGGUGGAGGUGGAGGGGGAGGAUGAGAGGGGGCCGCUCCAGGAGGACUUGGUGGAGGUGGAGGGGGAGGAUGAGAGGGGGCCGCUCCAGGAGGACGUGGUGGGGGUGCAGGAUGAGAGGGAGCCGCCCCAGGAGGACGUGGUGGGGGUGGAGGAUGAGAGGGAGCCGCCCCAGGAGGAUGAGGGGGAGCCUCCCCAGGAGGAUGAGAGUAUCCAGAAGCAGGAUGGUGCCAACUGGCUGCUGGUAGGCCUCCUGGUGCCCCUUUGUAUCUUCAUCGUGGUGAUGGUGGCACUGGGCAUCGUCUACUGUACCCGUUGCGCUGUCACGCCACGCAAUAAGUCCGCCACCGACUGCUACCAUUGGAUCUCCGGGGCGCACGACAAGCAGGGCGCGCUCAAUCCCAGCAAGGGGAUGCAGUCACAUGUUUAAACAGACAAAAUGAGUAAAGACUUGUAGAUAAAUAAACUGGUUUUAAUAAAUAAGAGGAGAGGAUAUGAAGAAGGUAAGAGAGGACUUGGGUGGUUGUUUUAUUGAAUGCGACUCUGUGAAACACUUGGAUGUUUCUGUGGAAUAUCGGUUGAAAGAGAAAAGAGAAGAAACAGGAAGCAAUACAACAACAAAAAAACACAGAUCCUUUUCUUGGGAUGAUUUGACAUUAUUGUUGCUUACGCAGAUCUCACAGGACAAGGUAUAUGAUCCCUAUAUGAUUGCACUAUAGGGUCAUAAUAGAAACCAUCUAUUGGGGUUGAAUACGUCAUCUGGUUAUAGUUACAGAUGCUGUGGGUAUACACUGUUAAUGUAUUACCAGUGCCAUCUGAAAACCUAAGCCAAAGAACUAUACUGUAGCCUAUAGCAUUUUUUUGUUGUCGAUGAAAUCUGGGUGUCUGCACCUUUCAAACAAAUGCUCAGGUUUUGAGCUCAUUCCCCAAAGUGUGGUGUCACAAAUUACUGUUUUUUGUCCACUUUGUCAAAGAAGCAGGUUCUUAUUUACCUCAGAAGUUGUUGAAUGAAGGCGGUUGUGAUUCACAACCCUUUGCAGGACAGCAGACAUUUCAGCAGUUGAACCAAACUAUACAAGCAUGACUGUCACGGCGCUGUCGACUGUCAUGACGCUGUUGACUGUCACGACGCUGUUGACUGUCAUGACGCUGUUGACUGUCACGACGCUGUUGACUGUCAUGACGCUGUUGACUGUCACGACGCUGUUGACUGUCAUGACGCUGUUGACUGUCAUGAUGCUGUUGACUGUCAUGACGCUGUUGACUGUCACGAUGCUGUUGACUGUCAUGACGCUGUUGACUGUCAUGAUGCUGUUGACUGUCAUGACGCUGUCGACUGUCAUGACGCUGUUGACUGUCACGGCGCUGUUGACUGUCACGACGCUGUUGACUGUCAUGACGCUGUUGACUGUCAUGACGCUGUUGACUGUCAUGACGCUGUUGACUGUCAUGACGCUGUUGACUGUCAUGACGCUGUUGACUGUCAUGACGCUGUUGACUGUCACGACGCUGUUGACUGUCACGACGCUGUUGACUGUCACGACGCUGUUGACUGUCAUGAUGCUGUUGACUGUCAUGACGCUGUUGACUGUCAUGAUGCUGUUGACUGUCAUGAUGCUGUUGACUGUCACGACGCUGUUGACUGUCAUGACGCUGUUGACUGUCAUGACGAUGUUGACUGUAACGGCGCUGUUGACUGUCACGACGCUGUCGACUGUCACGACGCUGUUGACUGUCACGACGCUGUUGACUGUCACGACGCUGUUGACUGUCACGACGCUGUUGACUGUCACGACGCUGUUGACUGUCAUGACGCUGUUGACUGUCACGACGCUGUUGACUGUCAUGACGCUGUUGACUGUCACGACGCUGUUGACUGUCAUGACGCUGUUGACUGUAACGGCGCUGUUGACUGUCACGACGCUGUUGACUGUCACGACGCUGUUGACUGUCAUGCCGCUGUUGACUGUCACGGCGCUGUUGACUGUCACGACGCUGUUGACUGUCACGACGCUGUUGACUGUCACGACGCUGUUGACUGUCACGACGCUGUUGACUGUCAUGAUGCUGUUGACUGUCAUGACGCUGUUGACUGUCACGACGCUGUUGACUGUCAUGACGCUGUUGACUGUCAUGACGCUGUUGACUGUCACGGCGCUGUUGACUGUCAUGAUGCUGUUGACUGUCACGACGCUGUUGACUGUCACGACGCUGUUGACUGUCAUGACGCUGUUGACUGUCAUGACGCUGUUGACUGUCAUGACGCUGUUGACUGUCACGACGCUGUUGACUGUCAUGAUGCUGUUGACUGUCACGACGCUGUUGACUGUCACGACGCUGUUGACUGUCACGACGCUGUUGACUGUCACGACGCUGUUGACUGUCACGAUGCUGUUGACUGUCACGACGCUGUUGACUGUCACGACGCUGUUGACUGUCACGACGCUGUUGACUGUCAUGACGCUGUUGACUGUCAUGACACUGUUGACUGUCACGAUGCUGUUGACUGUCAUGACGCUGUUGACUGUCACGAUGCUGUUGACUGUCACGAUGCUGUUGACUGUCACGACGCUGUUGAGAAGAAGCAGUCACUCGGAUAUUACUUUUACGCUUCUGCUUUUUUAAGUACCGGAACAAAUCAAUUCACACCACAGACCAAAUUAGUUUUAUACAGUAUCCGUGUAUAUAUGUGCUUGAUUGAUUUUGUGUAUGUAUAGUUUGUAGCAAUGACUUUUCCAGACAAUGUGUUAGUGUCAUGAUUCCUGAUUCAACGAAGUGCCUUUUGUUUUAUAUUGACCACAGAACUCUUAGUAAUUCCAAGGAAUGUCUGUCUGUCUAAGGGGGAUGGUUCCUUCCAUUCAACUCCAAUUAAACUAACUAUCUCACCCAUUCUCCUCCUGAAGGUUUGAGUGCAGCUGGAAGAUGUGUUUGCAUUACAGACUACAAGGACUGUAAUGGGGGGGUCACAGGCUCCCGAUUGACUUUACCAUUGGCCUUUUCAGUGAACUCGUGAUCUUUCAAUCGCUCCCCAGUCACAUACUGUAAGUGUUCAGCACGCCCCACUCCCUCUUGUCACAGGCCUGACCUGAGCUUUCUAUGAACUUCCUUAAUAGCCAUGAUGGGACAAUACCAACAUUUACAGUUUGAAGUCAAUGCACCCUCUAGCAACUUUGACAGUAACUGCAGUCCCCAUUCAAAGGAUGGCUUGCACUUGUAAAUUACAGACUAUCAGAAAUGACAAACAAUGGAAUGUUUGUGCUAAGAUGUGCCUUCUGAUCUAAGGACUGUGAAAUGCUUUUUAAAUGUUUUUGUUACCCGUUAGGUUUUAAGUAAUUGUUAAUUAAAAUGAUAAGGGUUCUAUCGAUA